AUGGUGACACCAAGCAAGCUUUGCGAUGUCUGUUUCGACAUGUUGCAAACAGGUUUGGAAGCAGUGGAGAAUACCCUCCACACUGAUUGCCAGCACCACAGCACUUUCUCUAGCUUCAAGCAGGCCAUGGACAAUGGAUGCUAUAUAUGUGCGAAACUUUGGGACUCCGUUGCAGACGCCUCCAUCAAAAGCUGGUCCGACGAACCUGAUAUCUGGGUACCCUUAGACUGCAGCCUAGGACGACGACCUUGGGCACCACGUUGGUACGGAGCUAUCUAUUGGCACAUGAGAUACCUAGAGUUCGAAAUGGACCCGCAGGUUAGUUUCAAGUACAAAGGAAAUGUGUUUUGCUUCCUUCCAUGUCAAGAUGAGCAGUCUUCGAUGCUGCAAGAACGGACCGCGGACUUUCAGACCAGUACCUCAUCAGAGGAAGUCCACCAACUGGCUUCCGAGUGGCACAAGGCAUGUAGCGACUCGCACAAAUUGUGUCAACGAUUGCGGUCUUCUCCAAAGUUUGCCCCGUCGCGACUCAUCGACAUUAGCUCUGGUGAUACCUGGAAGCUUUGUCUUUACCCACAAGAUAUCACAGAUCCUCCGGAGUAUAUGACUCUGAGUUACCGAUGGGCUAAAAUCCCUUCCAUUAGACUGUUGAGCUCUAAUGUUGAAGUCUUUCGGAAAGGUACAUCGAUAGCUCAAUUCCCAAAGACAUUCAGAGAAGCCAUCAUUGUUGCACGUCGGUUCUCUAUUAGGUACCUCUGGAUUGACUCGCUGUGCAUCAUUCAAGAUUCGCCGGAGGAUUGGGCCCGAGAAUCACUCCAGAUGCACCUCGUCUAUGCCAACUCCGCCUGCACCAUCUCUGCAACUGCUUCUGAAGGCCCCGAUGAAGGGUUAUUUCGCCUACGAACCGCCCAGGAAACACUUAUAGGGCACAUCAAGGUUCAGUUCGCCGAUGGCAACCCCAGAGGAUUUGAUCUUUGGGACCAGCAUCAUAUGCAGCGAUUAACACAAGGUUCACUUACCGAUCGCGGCUGGGUAUUCCAGGAGCGUAUUCUGUCACCAAGAGUCCUCCAUUUCACCAAGACUCAGAUAGUAUGGGAAUGCUUUGAGAUGAACAAGAGCGAGAUGUUUCCUCGGUGGUCGCCCCAGCCCACUGACGCAGUGUACACGCCUGACCUCAAAGCUAUCGAUGCGUUCUUUGACGAUGGUCAUCGUAGGACUGCAUUGGCAAAGGAAGAGGACAAGAAGAUGACCGUGGAUGUCUAUCAGCAGUGGAUAAAUCUGGUCAAGACAUACUCCAAGUGCAGUCUGACCUGCCCUGAUGACCGGCUGAUAGCUAUGGCUGGUAUAGCUGAAAUGUUCAGGAAGAAUUCUGGUGAUGAAUAUCUCGCAGGCCUUUGGAGAUCAAGGAUCGUUGAAGGACUCAAUUGGGUUGUUUUAGAACCUGGUCCCACACCCCAGGAUCCCGAGCGUGUUCCAUCAUGGUCAUGGGCUGCCGUCGACACAUGUGUUUUGCCUCAGAGGACAAACCUACCACGAGAUGAAGACUUGAUUGAAGUCAUUGACGUUAGAACUCAUAUUGCUCAAAGUUCCUCUCGGUCGCAGAAACUGAAAGGGUUCAUUGAACUGCGAGGGUGUAUCUCCGGAGGCACUGUCGAUGAAAGCAGUAGGAGCAUAGGCGCAGAACACACAAAUUUGAAGCUUCUAGAAAUCUCGUCAACGAUCUACGCCUACCCAGAUACACUUGAGACGACCUUUCAGGCCGGUGAAUCGAUUUCGUUUCUUCCCUUGAGGUCGACAUUGCGGCGCGAGGUGAAAGAUCCAGAUGAGAAUCCAGUUGGUGAAGCGUUUUUGAUAAUCGAGGGACUUAUUCUUGAAGCUGUUUGUGGAGCUAGAAGUACUUACAAGCGUGUCGGCCACUUUGUCCUUGUUUCCGUGGGCCAUGCCAGCUUCUUCGGCCUUGUUGCGACCUUGCCUACAUCCGGACGAGGUGUUGCGCGGAUAAGCGCGGACGAGUCCCGAAAGUCCAACAUAACGUUAGUAUAG